AUGGACGCGGACGGGUUCAUCGUCAUGGACAUGGGCUACGGCGUCCCCGAGAACGCGGCGCCGCCGCCCGCGGCGGGCGCGGAGGUCAAGGUCCAGGCCCCGGCGGCGACGGCGGCGGCGACGGUGACGGUGACGGCGACGGCGACGGCCCAGGACGUCGCCGCCGCGCCCGCGCUCGUCCCGGAGCCCGCGGAGGCGCCGCCCGCCACCGGCGCCGCCCUCGUUGCGACGUACAAGCGCCCGAUUCAAACGAUCGAGCUGAAGAAGGAGGUGGUCGCGCUCCACUUCCUCGGCGGCGCCGUCGACGCGUCCGACGCCGCGCCGAGGAUGCUCAUGACCGCCACCUCGGAUGGUUGCGUCCGGCUGUUCGAAGCCGGCGCGCGCCGCGCCGCGGGGAUGGUCCGCGGGCCCAAGUGCGGGAUCGUCGACGCGGCGUCCGCGGGGACGGAGGCGUACCUCGUCCCCGCGGACGCCGCGGAGGGCAUCGCGCGCGUCGACCUGAGCAACGGCCGCGAGCUCGGCGGGCUGUCGUGCCGCGGCGACGGCGACGACGACGAGACGGCCGCGCGGGAGCUCUCGUGCGUCGCCGCGGGGGAGAGAGGGAGCUCGAUCGUCGUCGCCGCGGGCGAGGGCGGGGACGUGUUCGUGUGGGACACGCGCGUCGGCCCGAGAGGGAGCUCGCGGAGGUCCGUCGGCGGCGCGGCGCGUUCCAACGCCGGGUGCGCGCCCGUGAUGACCUUGCACGUCGCCGGCGCCGCGCGCGUGUCCUCGCUCGCGCUCGGCGGGUACGGCGACGUCGCCGGCGCCGCGCCCGCGUCGGUCGCGGUCGUCGCGUCGAACGGCGCGAAGGUGUUCGACUUACGGAACGGCGGGUCGGGGUCGUCGCGGCCGACGCGGCUGCAGUCGCGCGAGCCCGGCACGCGUUGGUGCGGCGUCGCGAAGACCUCCGGCGGCGAGUUCGCGACGUUGUCCACGACUGGGGACGUCACCGCGUGGAGGCAGUCCGGGGCGGGGUACGCGCCCGUGCGGACGAUGCGAAACGUCGCGGGGGUGACGGAGAAUACGAACAGUCACAGCAGCAACGCGUCCUUCGCGCCCGCGUUCGCGACGUCCGCGGGGUCGCUCGCCGUCGCCGCCAACGGCGACGUCGUGUCCGCGUUUGACGUCACCGACGGCUCCACAGCGUCGGAGUGGAACAUCUCGGACGGGAUGGCGUCCGCGGGGGGUGGGAACGGGUUCGUGCGUAACGGCUGGGGGCAUGGCGUUAACGAUGACGGCGAGAUCGUGUCGCUGCGCGCCGCCGCGUUUGGGUUCGGCGCGGAGAGUCAAUCGUUCGGCGCGUCGUCCUUCGCGCUCGGGUUCACCGACGGCGUGGUGCGCGUGUACGGGCCGGGGGAUUCGCGAUGAUGGCGACGGUUCAUAUUACGGGACGCGAACCGUCGGCGUGUGCGCUGCGCGCGCGACGACGGCGACGCGACGGGAGGGGCGGGUGAUUAGAGACGAGCACGUAGCGCUCGACGUGUGUAUACAGACGACAGACGAAUGGAAUG